UUGAAAACCAGAAACCGGUUUAAACACGGCUUAUUUGUUUCUUCUUUCACCAGAUUGUCUUUUCUUCUUUGCUCUGCUAGGUUUUGAUAUCUGAAUGCUGAAGCUAUGGAGGGUAAAAAUGUGAAUCUGGAGGCAGCGAUUGAUCAGCUUCUUAAUGUUGAAAAGCAGAUGCGAUUGGCUGGCGAUGUGGCCGCUACGAAGAAAGCCGUCACUGAGAUUUUGCAGCUUUGCUUUGAAGCUAAGGAUUGGAAAUCUCUCAAUGAACAGAUCAUUAAUUUGUCUAAGAAACGGGGUCAGCUUAAGCAGGCAGUGACUGCAAUGGUUCAGCAAGCAAUGCAAUACAUUGAUCAGACACCAGAUCUUGAAACUCGUAUAGAGCUUAUCAAGACCCUGAACACUGUGUCUGCUGGAAAGAUUUUUGUUGAAAUUGAGAGAGCAAGAUUGAUCAGGAGACUUGCAAAGAUUAAAGAGGAACAGGGCCUUAUUGCUGAAGCUGCAGAUUUAAUUCAGGAAGUUGCAGUAGAAACUUUUGGUGCCAUGGCAAAAACUGAGAAAAUUGCCUUCAUUCUUGAACAAGUUCGCCUUUGCUUAGAUCGCCAAGAUUAUGUUCGUGCUCAAAUUCUGUCAAGGAAGAUUAGUCCUAGAGUAUUUGAUGUUGAUACCUCUAAGGAGAAGAAACCCAAGGAAGGUGACAGUGUUGUAGAAGAGCCUCCUGCUGAUAUACCUUCACUAUUGGAGUUGAAGCGUAUCUACUAUGAACUGAUGAUACGGUAUUAUUUUCAUAACAAUGACUACCUUGAAAUUUGCCGUUGCUAUAAGGCAAUAUACGAUAUCCCAUCCAUCAGGGAAGAUCCAUCUCAGUGGAUACCGGUAUUGAGAAAAAUCUGUUGGUACUUGAUCCUUGCCCCACAUGAACCAAUGCAGUCAAGCCUUCUUAAUUUAACAUUGGAGGAUAAGAAUCUUUCUGAGAUUCCAAAAUUUAAGUUGCUGUUGAAACAGUUGGUUACAAUGGAGGUUAUCCAGUGGACAUCCUUGUGGAAUUUAUAUAGGGAUGAAUUUGAGAAUGAGAAGAACAUGCUUGGGGGCUCUUUGGGUGACAAAGCUGCAGAAGAUUUGAGAAUGAGAAUUAUUGAGCAUAAUAUCCUUGUUGUUUCAAAGUACUAUUCAAGGAUUACAGUGAAGAGACUUGCAGAGUUGUUGUGUCUCACUGUCCAGGAAGCUGAGAAGUAUCUUUCCGAAAUGGUUGUAUCCAAGGCAUUGGUGGCAAAGAUUGACCGACCAAUGGGAAUAGUGUGCUUCCAGGUAGCAAAAGAUAGCAAUGAAAUUCUCAACUCGUGGUCUGGGAACUUGGAAAAACUUCUCGAUCUUGUCGAGAAGAGCUGCCACCAAAUACACAAAGAAACCAUGGUUCACAAAGCUGCUCUGAAAUUAGGAACACAAUGAUAUUCACGAACCACACGUAGUAGCCUUCGUAUAACCGAAAUUUGGUAACUGUAGGAAACCAAAAUGAUGGAUGCUUUUAUAGCAGUGGGUAUUCUUCAUUAUUAUCUGCAAUUUCUCAGCUUUCACAUUGUUUGUUAGUUAAUGCUUCGAGCACUACAUCCUGCUUGUAUUCUUGCAUCGUUUUGGCGGCGGUAAGCAAACCAGAUGAUUUCUAUGCGUUGGAGUAACUUCAACAAACUUUUUUUUCUCA